UGUUGCAGUAAUCGGUCACAUACUGUCGCGGAGAGCAGCAAAUCAACGCAACGCUUGCAACCGUGAAUAGGACAAACUUCCCUCGUGAUGGCUGCUGUAAACUCGGUCCAGAAUAGCAUUCGAUUGCCGUUGGCCGGACUGGCGCCACCGCGCGUCCUUAUGUGUAGUGCCUCGAUGGGUGCGGAAGGUUCCGUCACACUUCAGCUCCGGGAAGCGGUACAGGCGCCCGAUGCGACCGGUUCGCUGGACGGAGCGCUCACGAUCGGCUACCCAGAUCCGGAAAUGUUGGCCGACAUGCUGGGCACAUUCCAGGGAGCCUCGACCGGUGGGACCGAUUCGGACGCCGGCAGUUUCGAUCUGCUACAGGACAGCAAUGGCAGCUCAACCGGUGCAACGUUACGAGCAACGACGGUCGAUCAGAUCGACCAUCUUACCGGUGCUAUACUUGCCAAAGCGAACAGCAGUAGCGGCAACAGCAGUAGUAGCGGCAGCAGUGGGAGUAGUACUGGCAACACAACAGGCACGUCCACAGUGACGAUAAAAGCAGAACCGGGCACGAAAGCAGUCGCGGAAAAGACGAACUCUACCACCACCCUGCUCCCAACCAGCCAUUCGUCCAGCGGGAGCACCAACAAUCUGUCUCCAUCAUCGACGGCCAUCUUGCACCACGGCACCACGAUGGUGACCGUGAAAAGUUCGCCCAGUGUGGCAACGUGCAAUGGGAGCAUCGCAACCGCCACCAGCCCUACCAGCCUCGUCCUCACGACCGUCAGCCGGGCGGAGACGGCUUCCGGCAAUAGCAGCAGUAGUGCGGCAUCUUCACCGUCGGCAGCUUCGUCGCCGGGGACGGUUUCGCUGAGCGGGUUGUCCGGUGGGCUUGCGAAGAAACCACGACCCAAGACGGUAUCACCGACACGGCAUGGACCACAACAGUGUCAGGUUUGCAGCAAAGUGUUUGGGAAUGCGUCCGCGCUCGCCAAACACAAACUAACGCACAGUGACGAGCGCAAGUAUGUGUGCGGUAUGUGCUCGAAAGCGUUCAAACGGCAGGACCACCUUAAUGGACAUAUGCUGACGCAUCGGAACAAGAAACCGUACGAAUGUAAGGCGGAGGGCUGUGGCAAAUCGUACUGUGAUGCUAGAUCGCUACGGCGCCAUACCGAGAAUCAUCACAGCGCACUGGGGCUGGCGUCCGGUACGGCAAGUCCCGGUCCGGGCGGCAGUAAUGCAGGACCACCCGGUGGGCUUAGUUUAUCACCAGCGACAGCUAGCGGCGAUGCGAGUUCUCCGCAUGGAGCAACACUAGUCCAAUUCACCACCACCGCCACCAACACCGGAAACGGUACGACCGGCAGCAGCCCCAGCAGCAACAGCAGUAAUUGCAGCCUUUCGAGCAGCAGUUCGAGCAGUAGUUCCAGCAGUAGCAGCAGCAGCAGCAGUAGUAGCAGUAGUAGUGGCAACGUCAGUGACUCAAGCUCCAGCUGCAAAUCGCCUUCGCCGAGCUCGCCAGCACCAGGCACGGGAAAUGAAGGACUUACGCGCCAACAGCUCGAUCUAAUUUCCCAAAUCAUGCAGCAAACGAAGCAGGCAAAUGCAGCUGCGGCAGCUGCUGCGGCCGCUUCCAGUGCCAGCUCGAACAGUGUCGGCACCGGACAGUUGGUUACCACCAGUCAGAAGGUCCCGGUACGUCCACGGACGUGGAAUAUGCAGCUGCAGCUCAGCCAGAACAAGCUGUCCGCAACGGGCGCCGCAACGACGACACCAACGUCGGCGGUGCCAUCGACAACGGCGACGGUGGUCAGUGCAGUGCCAGUGUCUUCAAUGGCAGUCACACCGACAACCGCGCUGUCCACCUCCAUCAACCCCACCAUCAUCAGCUCCCACCCGAACGGUACCAUUACCAGCCUCAUCACCAGCAAGGCGCCUAACGGUGGCAGUGCAAGUGCCGAUCCUAAUGGACCACUCGCCGGGGCAGCUACCAUCUCAGUGUCAUCGUCUGCGGUCGGUACGUCCUCCAUCAGUGCGGUCAGUGUGGUUUCGACGACGGGCUCCACCACCACGACAACCACACCGACUGCUGGAACAGGCCAGGCUGCUCAAUCUGCUGCUGCUGCUACCCAACUACCCGCCACUACCGCCGCCACCACCAACACCGCCGUUGCUACGAAGCUGGAGCAAAAACCGGUCGAGUGUAACCUGUGCCAUCGGAAGUUCAAAAAUAUUCCCGCCCUGAACGGACACAUGCGACUGCACGGGGGUUACUUCAAGAAAGACUCGGAAGCGAAGAAAUGUGAUAAGAAGGAAAACACUGGCCCACCACUGCAGACGGCUAGUGUUGGUGUGAGGGCCUUGAUCGAGGAGAAGAUCAUCAACAAGCGCAGCAAGGAUUUGAAGAAUCUCUUAUUGAAGGGUUCAUUCGUCGUGCCGGCACCACCGCUAACCGCCCGUCGGCUGAUCGACGCCAACGAAGCAUUCCUCUCACCGAAACCGAGCACGGUUGCGAUCGUCUCCACAUCCAACGGUACCACCCAGAUCAUCAACACCGCCACCCUACACUCCAAGGCAACGCUCAUUAACGUCACCAGUUCACCCCAGUCCAUCAGCACGUCAUCUGCACCUUCGAUAACGAUUAAUGGCCUAGCAACGGGUGCCACAACUACCACCACCGUCAAUGGUACGGAACUUAAAGAUGCCACCCUGAUCGAACUACUAAAGCGAGGCACUAAGGUGGCGGUGAAACGAGCGGCUUCCACCGGUGACACUUCCACCAUCCUAUCGCUCCAGCAACCUACGAGCAAUCCAACGAUCUCUUCCUCGUCGAUCACCAACCACGCUACGACGGCACAGCUGAUCACAUCGGCCAACUCUCGUACCGUCACCGUUCUGCCCGGUGCGACACUGUCCACCACGACGAAGAUGUCGCCCACGAUCACCGGCACGAGUCUGAUGACGAAUCCCACCAACGACGGUAGUCCACUGUCGCUUACCAUAUCUCAAACGCCAACUUCUACCCCCGGCGAUGUGUUCACGCUCGCCUACUCUACCGACUUUGGCGAUGGUGAUGUGUACAGUGUAAGCGACACGGCCAUGCUACUGCAGGCCGUCGAUCCGAUCCAACUACUGCAGGAUUCAAACUCGACUGAACCGCUCGAUGAGAUCGCUCUCACCGAUUACGGCUCCAUCAGUGAUCAAGGAUUUACACCAUCACGUCAAAUACAAGCCGUACUAGACUCGCCACUCCCGGAAGGACUUGCUGAGUUUGGAGCACUGCACUCCAAAGAUUUUAGUGUACUAUACGGUGGCACAACGGCAGCGGGCGAGGUGAACGGAGGUCCAACGUCCUCCACCACCAAUCUGCUUCAAUCAUCCCCAUCAGGACCUCAUCUUUCGCCGCUUCCAUCACCACUGGCCUACCCAACGCCACCGGCAUCACACGAGGCGGUUGCACAGGCAUCGCCUUUCCUGGACGAUUCGCGUCACUUCACCGAUGCCGGUUCCUUCUUCGACGACAAACGGGGAGCGCAAAGUUUCCUCGACGAUGGGUUCUUCAAGACCGAACCGAAGGACGGUGAUUCGAAGGUGUCCGACAGCGAGAAGAUACUCGCCCUCAAGCACGAGCUGCUGGACGAAAACCACGACCUGUUCCGAGCGAACAAACACCUGCUGGAUGAGCACUGUUCGGAGCUGUUCAAGACGGAGGAUAGCUUUUUCGCCUCCGAAUCUAAACCCACCUCCGUGGAUGGAACGUCCAAGAUGAAUCUGGACUUUCUCGACGAUGCUCAAGUGUUUAUCGAGGAAACGCGGAACACGUCCUCGCCCCUUUCGAAUGCUUUCUUCUCCGCUACCAUGUCGUCGGCGGCUGAGGUUAAAGAAGCGCUCGAGGAAGUCUUACCGAACGAUGAUGACGAUGACAUUGGUGUGACGGAGGGAGACAUCGAUCUGUACUACCUGAAUGGCCUUUCCUCACUGCAGUCACAGAUGAUGCCCAAUUCGGACGAUCCGUUACUGUCCUCCUCACCGAAAGACUUUGCCCACCGGCAGCAUCAGAAGUUUCUCUUCGAACAAAGCCAAGCCGCUCAGCAGCACCAGCUUCAGCAGCAUCAGCAACAGCUUCAGCAGCAACAGCAGCAACUUCAACAACAACAGCAACAACAGCAGCAGCAGCAGCAGCAACAGCAACAGUUGCUUCAACAGCAGCAACAUCAACAACAACAGACAGGCGUUAAUGCCAUCAAUCAAUGCAUGCCUCCCAGUGCCAAAAAAUCGAAACCCUCAGACGUUGAGUCGAACACACCGCUCACGGUGCAAACCGAUCCCAUGCCAAAGGACGCGGACAGUGUGUUCCUCAGUCCAAGCAGUCUCUCCUCACACAGCUGCUCCUCGUCAUCGUCCUCUUCCUCACUAUCGUUAUCGUCGGUAGCUUCGCCCAGGCUGCAGCACGCUCUCCUAGGCAGUGCCAACUCCGGAGGUCCCGUGUGGCCUCGCAAACGGUCCCAAACGUCUUCAUCCACUGGUGCCACUAACGUUUCUAGCCUUCCUGUCGGCCAGCGUAAGCCCACAAUCUAUCUGUCAAAAUUGCGACGAUCCACCACGUCACUCCUGCCAGCGUUACACUACACCCCUUCACCGAUGCUAAACCCCGAACGUAUCGGAACGACCGGGCUAUAUUCAAACGUCAACCAUGCACGAUCGACGGGUGCUCCGGACGUAGAUCUCGACUCCACGAUGGACAGCACGAGUGACAUCUUUUCCGAGCCUCCGCUACCGAUCCGUCCCCGGAUCAAUCUCGGACCGGACUAUCAGGCAACCCUGCCCGAAUGUACGCGACCCGUGUACGGUGGACUUCAGCAGUUUCAUGCCGCCCAACAGGCCCAGCGUCUCUGGGAUCCGGCGUUAGCUCCGAACGAGCGUCAAGUGCAACGGUUCAUCGAGCUCGCCCGAUCGUCCGCCGCACCGCUCGGAUGCCACACGGAGGAGAACGCCUUGCGUGCACUGCUGGAAGCAAAUGGUGAGAUUCAGCAGGCCAUUCUCGGUAUGUUGCAGGGUCCACCCGCCACCAUACAUCGCCGCUGGACGGCGGACGAAAUCGAACAGCUUAUCCAGGGUCUGGAGGAACAUGGGAAAGACUUUCACCGCAUUGCGCGUGAUUUGCUUCCCGGCAAAUCGACUGCUGACUGUGUGCAGAUGUACUACUUCUGGAAAAAGCUCGGAAUCGAUUACAAAAGCACGACGACUCUGGCCGGCCCGAAGUAUGCCGGAUUGCAUGGAUCUCCGUCGCCAACACCAUCGCCACCUGCGCCACCACCCCCGGUAGAAGAUCUUCUGCUGGAUCAUCUCGACUAUACGGUCAAUGCUGGCACAGGGACGACGACCCUUGCCAGAUCGCAUCAGCCCGGUCAGAAUGGAAAUCUGCAGCAAAAUGGCAACCACACCGUUAGUGACGUCCGACCGCAUGUAUGCGAGGUUCCUGACUGUUCAGCGAGCUUUUCGUCCAAAGCGGCCCUCCACGGUCACAUCCGCAUACAUUGCAUCGGGCGUAACCACAGCACAGUUCAAAAUGGUAAUUUCUUGAGUGCCGCCGGUAACCCCAUUAACCCUAACCACAUACCGACAAAGGAUGACUAUCCCUGCAAGGUGUGCGGCAAGGUAUUCAAUAAGGUAAAAAGCCGAAGCGCUCACAUGAAGUCACACCGGCCGCAGGAUGCAAGCGAUCAGCUGCAGCACCAGCUACAGCUUCACCAGCAACAGCUGCAGCAGCAACAACGUCAGCAGCAGCAGCAGCAGCAGCAAGAUAAUGAAAAGCAAGCAACACCCGAAGAAGGCACGCAACUGCAGCUAACAGUGACAAAGUGA